GUUUUUUCCAGACGCAGCAACACAUCCAAACAUCUCUGCUGUUGUUUCUCUUUCUUGUGUGCGAAAAAACGGAACCCAUUACACAAAGUUACUGUUGAAUAGACAAGCAAUCAGUUCUGAAGCAGCCUGGGUCAACAGAGUCGUUGCAUAUGGAGGUAGAGGAGAUGGAAGAUGAAGGACCUCCACACAUUGCAGAGCUCCAGUUGGACUGUUUGGAGAGCCCGGCGCCUGUAGAGAACGUGUUUGUGGAUAAGAAAGCUGUGGACAAACUCACAGAGGGAUUACUCUCUCACUACCUACCAGAUCUACAGAACUCUAAACGAGCCCUGCAAGAGCUCACACAAAAUCAGGUGAUAUUGUUAGACACACUGGACCAAGAAGUCACCAAAUUCAGAGAUUGUAAUGCCUUACUGGACCUCAAUUCACUGUUUACAGAGGCAAAGGUUUACCACAAUAAACUGGUGAACAUAAGAAAAGAGAUGAUCAUGCUCCAUGAAAAAACAACUAAACUAAAGAAAAGAGCCUUGAAGCUGCAGCAGCAGAAGCAGAACGAGGCGCUGGAGAAGGAGCAGCAGCGUGAGAAGGAGCUCGAGAGAGAAAGGCGGCUUGUUGCCAAACCUGCGAAAAGAUCUUAGGAUCCCCGAGUAUGUCUGCUGAAUGAAUGUACAGGUGCUUUUGCAUGCCUUAGCCUAUUUAUUACAUAUCAACUAUACUACACAUGACUACUGCUGAACAUUUUCCAAAGCAAAAGUAUUUUAGACUUUUAAAAAAAUGAUAAUGUCUGAGCUUUUGGGCCUAUAUUUUACUGGAUACAGAGAGAGAGAGGAGAGAUUAGACACAGUUUAGUUUUCAACCAGGAACAUCCUGAUCACAUAUCCAUUUUACAUCUGUAGGACUGACCCCUCAUCAUUUUUACAUUUCAGAAUCAGUUUGACUGCCAUCCACUCAUUUUGGUACUUUAAUAAUAUCUACUUAAAACAUGCUCAAUACAUGUGAUCUAUUAUACCUAAAUUAUUGUUGCAUGUUUAUGCAGUUGACAGAGGUCACUCAUGUGACAUGUUUGCUCUGAAUUACUUCAAAGUACAACAGCAUUUUUUUUUAUAGCUUUAUUGCCUCUCUAACAUUGAAUUCUCAGCAGGUCAAACUCCACUGGUUUUGUUGUUAUAAAUAACGGCCAGGUGUACUACCUUUUAGCUACAAAAAUACUUUUGGUGGACAGCUUCUCAAAAUAAAUCAAAUAUAUUGGUUUGAAAUGGGGCUGAUAUAUUGCUUUAAAUAGAAACAUUAUUUUUUAUGAAACACCCUUCUUUAUACCUGCACUGAAUUAGAAAAAUUUGAUUUUUAAUGUGAAAGUCUAAAAAAGUCUUUAUAAAUUAAUUGAGAAAAAUCCAUUCCAAAAUCUUUAACACAAAUAAGAAUAGAGUGAUAUGCUUUGGGAUAUGGUUCACAUAAACAGUACAUGGUAAAUAGGCUAAAACAUGCAAUAAGCAUGGUAUGGUCUUUUAUGUUGAACAUUGCCAAUAUCACCACAAACCAAAGACCUGGACUGAAUCAUCCAAUGCUGGUACUUUUCACUAUCAACCUCUGGUGACACACAAACUGGAGCACUUCCCCGAGAGUGGAACAAAUCGCUCAAAGACACUUUAGCCGCCGUCAGACAAUUGCCAGGAGGAAAAUCAAUGUGGUUGCUGUCUUUUGUUAAAUAUUAAGUGUUAAUAUAAGUUGUUACAUGCCCUGUUAGUGUUGAAUGUUAUAAAACAGGUAUGUUGUUUGGAUAGAUCUGCACUAUACUGACUGUAUUUCUGGGAUCCAGAUGAUGAAUUUGUGAACGUAUGUACAACACUUUGCCCCUGCCACACACAGCAGCUGUUAAUUAAUAUGUUAAUGUGUUAUUUGUUAAUUAUAUUUGAUUUUUUUAGACCUCUCAAAAAGGCUUCUAUGCACUACUCGCGCCUGGAACUCCACUGUUUAUACAAUUCAUAAUAAAAUAACACAAACUGGUC